UAACAAAAAAACUAACAGAAUUGGCUAAGUAUUUUUCUGAAUUUACUCUAUUCGUUGAAUCACUUAAAAAUUACUCUUUAUAUAAACGGCAUUAUAACCAGAUUGUUGCCAAACCUUCUUUUAUUAAACAAUUAACAAACGAAUCAGGUUUUUUAAAUUUAGAUGAGAACGAAAGAAAAAGGUUAAAACUCUCUAAUGAUAAUGAAAAAAAUUUUGCUGAUUUUGGCAUACAAGUUGAACCAACUUCCGUCGACUUUGGAGUUCAAGUAUCUUUGUCAACUAUCAACGUUGGAGUUCAAGUAUCUUUGCCGACCAUUGACUUUGGAGGUCAAGUAUCUUUGCCGACCGUUGACUUUGGAGUUCAAGUAUCUUUGCCAGAUCUAAAAUAUGAAAUUCUUUUAGAACAAAUUAAAAUUGCCAAAAAGAAACGAAAUAAUUUGUAUAAAGAUAUAGAAGAUGCAAUUCAUAAAGAACUUACUAACUAUCUUUCAGUUAUUUUAGAAGAACUUCUUCUCGAGAAAAAUCAAGAAACAAAUACGAUUGAUAACUUGAUAAACUCUCAAAGCCAGAUAGAAAAUAUGAAAAAAUGCCGGUUUUGUCAAGUCUCUGAUAUCGAUAAUAAGAAGCGGGUUUGUCCUAAUUGUCAUAAUAAAUUACCUACAAUUAGUGAAAUGAAUCAACAAUUUAUUGAACAAUCUAAUAUUAAAAAUACUACUGACAAGCCUCUAGUUGUUUGUCCUUAUAGGUUUAAAGAAUUAAAUAUGCAAGGAUCGGUUCUAAAGCUAAUAGGAUAUUAUGAAAGUGAAACCCAAGAACCUCGUACACGUCCUGGUUUUACUGGUGAAUCAA